AAACAUGGCAGCGCUUAUGAUGGAGCGCAACAUCUACAGCAAUAAUCUUUCUCGUCUAAAACAGGCACACAGCAGUACAUCUGAAUCUCCCUCCAAGGAUGGAAACCAUACAUAUGAUGUAGUUGAACUUGUACAGAAAGAGAUAGGUUCUGACAUUAAGUCGUUAAAGAAAGUUGCGGGACUUUUGGAGAAACUGACAUUAGAAAACAAACAACUGGAGGAGCAGGUGCUGACUGUGUCCUCCUCGGUGCCAUUGCGUGUGUCCUCUGCCCUGUCCGCAGCAGAGGAGUCUUGGGUGAAGCUGGAGUCUUUAAUGGAGAAGGAGAGGCUUCUGUCCAACACUCUACAGCAGCAUUUGCAGGGUGCACAGGUCUGGACAGACAGCAUUGGACAGGUCCUGGGUCAGCUUGACACAUUAGAGAGGCAUAUGAAGUACCUGCAAUGCCUGACCCAUAUCGAGGAACUCAGUGACAGCAUUCAGCAGUUCCUGAUGACCAACAGUGUGUGGGAUGCGGUCGGAGCCAUAGAUGUUAUGGCCUCCCUGGACAUGGGUUUGCGGGAGUCAGGCUGUAUUCACCUACAGGGUUUCCUCAGAGAAACGCUAUGCUUUUGGCACAAGAUUCUUAAAGACAAACUGGCCAGUGAUUUUGAGGAAGUCCUGAUACAGUUCCAAUGGCCAUUCAUCUCGUCCCCAACACAAUCGCUCUCUCCUCCGGCCAAUGCUCAGGAGCUCAACAGCCAGCUGGAGCUGCUGGUCUCUCAACUUCUUUCUCUCCAGACUACGGAUGACCUUAUAUCAGAACAGAAGGAAGCACCAUCUUGUGCUGGACUAUCCCAGACUCCCCCUCUUUCACUGCCCAUUCAGAUCAUGCUGCUUCCCCUCAGUAAGAGGUUCAGGUAUCACUUUACCGGAAACCGUCAGACCAACAGUUUAAGCAAGCCAGAGUGGUAUUUGACCCAGAUCCUCAUAUGGAUGGGUAAUAGUUCCAACUUCAUGGAUGAAAAGAUUCAGCCUGUCUUGGAUCGUGCUGGGGCCAAGGUUAAUGCAAGGGUGGAGUUGUUCAGAGGGCUUCUCACUCUGGCACAGGAAAAGCUUGCAAAUGAUGCUCCUCGAUUGCUCUACGAUGAUGCUCUCUUCUGCCACCUAGUGGACGAAUUACUGCAGUUUGAAAAAGAGCUCCGCACCACACACAGUUACCCGCGCUCUUACCCUGGCAUCCUGCAUAUACUCCUGGAGGAGUCUGUGUUUCAGAAGUGGCUCAGCAUGGAGAGAAAGAUGGCUGUGGAAAAAGUAGAUGCCAUGCUGGCUGCUGAGAGGGCCUGGAGCUCUCAGUAUAAAGACAUCAUUGAUAUGGAUGAGCUUAAAGCGCCAGACUGUGCAGAAACCUUUAUGACUCUUCUGCUAGUUAUCACAGUCUCCCCAUUCCACACUCUCGCUGGUAUCCUUCUCUUAGAACGGUACCGCUCUCUGUCGUGUCCUCGAGCCCAGCUCAGUUUCCUGGCUCUGCAGAAAGAACUGGUGGAUGAUUUCCGUAUCCGCCUCACACAAGUGAUGAAAGAAGAGUCCAGACAUCCGCUGAGCCCACGUUACUGUGCCAUCCUCAAUGCUGCCAACUACAUCUCCACUGUUCUUAGUGACUGGGGUGACAAUGUUUUCUUCUUGCAGUUGCAGCAGGCAGCAGUGUCAGUAGGGGAGGAGAUUCUAGGUCCUCUAGGGACCACAGAGACUGGUAGACUGGCCUCUUUAGAAGGAUCGUUGUUUGAGGCCCUACUGGCCCUGCUGGAGAGGUUGCGAGGGGACAUGCUGGGACGAUUGCUGGAUGCAGUCAUGAGAGAUGUUAAGGAGAAAACACAGCCAUACUGCAAAGACAGGUGGAUCUCCCUGCCAUCACAGUGCGAUCAAGCCACUAUGUCUCUAUCCAGCUCUGCGUGUGUCAUGAUGCUCUGCCUACGGGAUCACCUGCUCCAUUUUCAGCAGCUGUUGUGUCUUCCUCUUUUUCAGAUGUUCUGGCAGGGUCUCGCCGAGAGACUGGACUGCUUAAUCUAUGAAGACUUGAUUCUGUAUAACCAUUUCAAUGAGGGUGGAGCUGCACAACUUCAAUUUGAUAUGACCAGAAACCUCUUCCCUCUGUUUGGACAAUACUGCAAGAGACCAGAAAACUUCUUCAAACAUAUAAAGGAGGCCUGCAACAUCCUGACUCUUAAAAUUGGCCCAGCGCUGUUACUGUGUGACGUAUUAAAGCAGGAUGAGGACGAAGCUCUAAACCAACAGCAGCCCAGUCCUGAGUCAGCACUUAAUGAGCUGGGAGUCUACAAGCUGGCUCCUAGUGAUGUGCAGAUCCUUUUAAACCACCGCACAGCAUGGCUUAACCAAUGA